AUGCCGCUCGCCGCAGAGUCGUCGGCCGUCUACAUUCACAACACUGCGCCGGGGUUCAUCUUGACGCCAGGGCGUGCGCCGACCUCAGUCACUGUCCACCCAGUCGCCCUCUUUUCCAUCCUCGAUCACUACCUUCGACGCACCGAUGCGCAGGAGCGGGUGAUUGGAACCCUGCUUGGGACACGCUCAGACAAUGGCGAGGUCGAGGUGCGCUCGUCCUUCGCCGUCCUCCACAGCGAGACGGAGGAGCAGGUUGCGGUGGACAUGGACUACCUCAAAACGAUGUACGAGCUGCACCAUAAGGUGAACCCGAGGGAGGUCAUCGUAGGCUGGUACUCGACUGGGUCAAAUCUGAACACCUACUCCGCCCUCAUCCACAAUUUCUACUCACAAGAGACCGCCCCCCAUCAGGCAAUUCACCUCGCCUUAAACACCGGAACCGUCGAGGGCGAGCAGGCAGGCGUAAAAGCAUUCAUCGGGUCACCCGUAGGUGUGCUCCCGAAACCCGAAAACUGUGUAUUUGUCCCAAUCCAGUGCGAGCUUAGAUUCAACGAUGUUGAGCGGAGCGGUCUCGACCUGCUCACGACCACCUCUACAUCCCCUAACUCCACCAACCCCCAUCCUACCACAGAUCUCGAACUUCUCGAGCGGUCCCUUCUAUCCGUUGCUGGUAUGCUUGACCGCGUGCUCUCAUAUGUGCAAUCAGUAUUGUCAGGGGAGGUGAAGGGAGAUCCCGCGUUGGGACGGUACUUGAUGGAUACCCUGGGGUCGAGCACGGAGGAUCUAGAGAAGGGCGGUUUCAAUGCCAGCUUGCAGGACACGUUGAUGGUAUCAUAUCUGGCCAGUUUGGUGCGCUCGCAGGCAGAAGUCUCAGCGCGGUUGGCACUCGUAACGGCAUAA